AACCGAGGCCGGCAGCUAAAUCUUCCCCCAUCCAGCUGCCGCCCAUCAAUCAUUUGGCGGGUGAUGCUCACGGCAAUGAAGUUGCUUCGAUGAAGACAAGUCCUGGAUCAACUUCGAUUUCCAUCGUAGGUCAGUUCACUGCUUCUCCCGAAUGCUUGUUCUGAAACUGAAUUUUGUUGAUGUUUUCCCUCUAUGCAACCGUUCGAUGAUAUUGCUCUGUCAUUGUUAUAGUCGAACUAUGUCCUAAUUCGUUGCAAUCACUCUCCCUCUCUAGUUAUUCGUGUGUAGUUUGCUUAGUGAUUCUUACAACAGAAUGAAGUUACUUCGCUGAAGAAAAGUCCAGGAUCAACUUUGAUUGGAGCUCAGUUCAUUGAUUCACGUAUAAAGAAAUGGCGAUUGAGAAUUGAAAUGUGUUUGUAAGCUUAUCCACCGGAUAGAUUUUCAGCAACUGAAGAAAAAGAAAUUAGAGGCAAUGAUUUUACGUCUUAGCCUUUUACACUAAUAAAGAGCGAACUCGAGGGGAGAACUGUGGCGAAGGAUGGCCGGAGAAUAUAGGUUUGCAAUGGACCAGAAGGACAUUGUGAGAUUAUUGGUUGCCACCAUUGGUGAUUUCACUCGAUGUCGCUUGAUCAAUAAAGAGCACAGGAACCUUCACAAAGAGCAAUGUGCCGAGAGAUUGGCAGCUGAAGACGGAAGCCAUGACAAAGAUACAGAGGUUAGGUACUCCGAUCAAGCAGUGCUGGCGAAUUUGGAUUGGGGUAUUGAAGCCCUUGAGGAGGCUCUCAACACAUCCAAUAUAGAAACUAAGUUUGCACGGCUUGACCAUGCGGAGAAGAUGCUUCAAGUGUGUGCCUUGUUAAACUCUAACGAGAAAACUGCUGGAGUUCCCAAUUUCUACCUUUCUGCUUGGGCUCACCUAAAUCUUUCUUAUCUCUGGAAAUUGCGAGGAAAUGUUCACAACUCAGUCCUCCAUAUUCUUGAGAUGUUUAUUGUGGAUCCCUUCUUUUCACGCAUUGAUUUUGCUCCUGAGCUCUGGAAAGAACUCUUUCUUCCACACAUGAGUUCAAUCGUUGGGUGGUACUCAGAGGAGAGGCACAGGCUUGUGAUCGAAGUGAUUCCUGAUUCUUCUGAUUUAUCCUUCACAGCUGAUAUAGAUCAAUUCUUCAACGAAUCUUUGAUAUUUUCGCUGAGGCCUGAUCAAGUGGAGAAAUUACAGAAGUUGGAGAAGCUUUAUGGAGAAUCUUUGGACGAGAAUUCGAGGCUCUUUGCUAAAUACUUCAAGGACUGUAUGAGUUCUGAUUCAAGUUCUACCAAGAAGGUUGCCCCGAUGUUGCCAAUCGCGGAGCCACCUAUGACUCCUCUUCAUGAAGUUAGCCGCUCAAUUCCCGAUUACAUUAAAUUUGGACCUAUUUUACCCAAGAGUGCCGGCUUUUCGUCCAUCUUGCUAAGAUCUAAAGAUGGUGCAACAGAAGCAAGCAGGCCAAAGGGGACUUCCAGUCCAGCCAACAGCUCAGAGAAAUUUGCAGGGCGGUAUGCUCAGAAUGAUUCACUAGAGGAGAUUGAGAACGAUUCUGAUCAUGAACCUUUCGAUUCUUACGAACUUAGCGAUACCGUGACACAUAAAUUACUCUCACCUAGUAGCACAAGGACGUCAGAGGAUGAGCAAAUAGGACCUAAAGGGGAGACGUCGAAAAUGGGGAGUUGCAAACGUUCUCCCACCAUUUUUUCUCCAAUUUCAUCUCCUUCAAUCCCUUCACCGAAAGACUUAUCUCCAACAGCGAAUGAGAAGUGUAAAAAUGAAUCUCGUUCUGCAUUGCGACUGUUAUCUAGUCGCUUCGGCGGGCAACGUGUUGCUACCUAUGUCCCCAGAUCACCAGCUACAGGAAGCGAUCACAGCUUCAGUCCAGUAGAGUCUGAGGGUGAAAAAGACCGCCACAGGAGAAGAUAUAGACAAACGCACAAUGCAAUCUAUAACGACGUGAGUAGCCAAGACUUCGAGAAUUGUUUAAUCGACAAACUUGAGGAGGAAAGCAGAAGUCGUUCGUCUGAGAUUGUGACACAUAUAGUACGACCCCCUAAAGAUUUCGUAUGCCCCAUAACAGGUCAGAUUUUCAGUGAGCCUGUUACUCUUGAAACUGGACAGACUUAUGAAAGAAAAGCGAUUCAGGAAUGGUUGAAAAGAGGAAAUACAACUUGCCCCAUUACACGGCAGCCAUUGUCUUCAACUGUAAUGCCUAAAAUGAAUUAUGUCUUGAAAAGACUGAUUACGUCUUGGCAGGAACAGCAUCCUGAUCUUGCUCAGGAUUGUUCUUGGACUGGUACAUCAGUAGUAAGUACUGUCAGUUCUUCCUUCAAAAUGGCGAAUUCUCUGGCAUCUACUCCUUGCCGACCAUUUCACAUUCCUCUAAACAGUACGUACGAGUCUCUUAACCAAAAAGGCAAAAGAUUAAUGCAAGAAGCAGUAUCUUCAUCGCCGACCAGUGUAAUAUCCCAGGCCACAGUCGAGAAAAUCAUUAACAGUUUAAAACCUUUUGUCUCUUGUCUUUGUAAUUUCGAAAGCUUGAAACAAUGUGAGACAGCUGUGCUCGCUAUAGCAGGGUUCUGGAAGGACUCGAAAGGCGAUUUAGCGGUCCAUUCUUAUUUAUCCGAAUUGGCUGUUGUGAACGGCUUUGUGGAAAUACUGUUAAAUUCCCGUGAGAGAGAAGUCCUCAGAACCUCGAUUUACGUUCUUUCGGAGCUUAUUUGUGCUGAUGGAAAUGUUGGAGAGUCCCUUAGUAGUCUAGAUUCUGAUUUUUAUUGCCUAGCUUCUUUGCUGACGAGUGGGUUGUCAGAGGCUUCUGUUCUUAUGUGCCUGCUAAGGCCUACAUUUACUCAGUUGUCAGCUCAUGACCUUAUACCUUCCCUAGCCCAGAUGAUCCAGAAGAAAAAUGAAGAAUUUGAUCAUCUUCCGUUUGUAAUAGAGCCAAAAAAUGCUGCUAUCGCAAUGCUCGAACAGAUUUUUAUGGGAGGGGAUGAAACUAGCCAGUCCAGGAAUGCUGAGAGGUUUACCUCUGCUGAAGGAAUCCCUGCAUUAGUCAAGUUUUUGGGUCGGGUAGAAGUGAGGAGGCCAAUACUUUCCAUACUUUUAUGUUGUAUGCGGGUCGACCAAGGUUGCAAGGACUCAAUAGCAGAGGAGAUUGAGCUUGCUCCAGUUCUUGAGUUCCUUCAUACUGGAAAUGAUGACGAUAGAGGCCUGUGUGUGGCUUUUCUGUCAGAGCUGGUUCAGAUGCACAGACGGACAAAAUGCAAUCAAAUUUUGCAGACAAUUAAAGAUGAAGGAGCAUUCAGUACGAUGCAUACACUUCUUACAUAUCUUCGAAUGGCUCCAAUUGAGCAACAGCCGGGCAUUGGUUCUCUUCUUCUCCAGCUGGAUCUCCUGACUGAACCACGAAGAAUGAGCAUUUACCGAGAAGAAUCUAUAGAUGCACUGUUUGAAGCCUUUCGAAGAAAGGACAACUAUAAUUCUCAAAUUGCAGCUGUAGAUGCUUCAUUAUAUCUAUCUGGGCGAUUGACUUCCUCGGGGAAGUCCUACACAGAAGCGUGGUUGCUCAAACUUGCAGGAUUUGAUCAGCCUUACAAUGCUUUGAUGAAGGCUGAGGGACUGAGGAAGCCUGACUACGAAUUAUCAGAGAGAGAGGAGGAAGAGAAGGCAGUCAGCGUAUGGGAGAAGAGGAUAGCACUUGUUCUUUGUAACCAUGAAAAAGGGUACAUUUUUGAAGUUAUGAAGGAAUGCCUGAAGAGUAAAUCAUUAGAGAUGGCAAAGUCCUGUCUUGUCAUUGUUUCCUGGCUCUGCCACAUGGUUUCGACGCUCCCAGAUACUGGGGUACAAGAGACUGCUCGCAGGUUCUUGCUUGAUGAACUUGUAAACGUUCUCCAAUCUUCUAACAGCCUGGAGGAGAAGAUUUUAGCAUGCCUUGUUUUGAAAACUUUCAUUAGUGACCCAGCUGCACUUGAGGAACUGGGACUUCAUGCAACAUCCAUCAACAAAACGUUGAGAAAGCUCAGGAGAAGUUCUUUGGUGGUCAAUGAUAUAAUGAAAGCCUUGAUGAACGUGCCAUCCGUUGAUGCAACAGAGCUCUGGAGUUAUACGGAAGUUGGUGCACUAGAUUCCAGCUCAAAUGGAGAGGUUUUGUCCCUGGUUCAUCUGAAUGGGCGGGUCUUAAGCAGUCACUCGGACGGAACCAUCAAGGUUUGGGAUGCUGGAGAUAAAGUAUUGAAGUUGAUCCAAGAAGCACGCAAGCACACAAAAGCUGUAACAUGCCUGUGUGUUUCCUCUUCGGGCGACGCAUUAUACAGCGGUUCCUUAGACAAAACAAUCCGGGUAUGGACCGUCAAGUGUGAAAAAAUACAGUGCGUUCAAGUUCAUGAAGUGAAGGAGCCAAUCUAUGACAUGAAAGCCAACGCCAAUGUCGCAUGCUUUGUUUCUCAAGGAACUGGCGUUAAGGUGUACAACUUCUCUGGAGUUCCCAAGCACAUAAAUUUCAAUAAAUACGUCAAGUCCCUGGCAUUAUCAGAAGAUAAACUUUAUUGCGGUUGCUCUGGUGACUGUAUACUGGAGGUGGAUUUGACCAAACAUACUACAAGCACAUUCUAUGCUGGCGUAAGAAAGUUGUUAUGGAAACAAAACAUCUACUCCUUACACUUACACGGGGACCUGCUGUUUGCUGCCGGUUCAGCAGUGGAUGGAACUGCAGGCAAGACAUUUUCGCUGUCGAACAAGACAAUGGUGGGAUCCUUUUCGCCUGGAGUUGACAUCCAUCACAUGGCUGCAAGCACCGACUUGUUGUUUACAGCCUCGAGAUUGGGCAUGAUUAUCGAGGUCUUGUCGAAAGAAAAGUAUACAAAAAUUGGUUCAGUUAAAUUAGGUAGUGCUAGUGGUAGCCACACAAAGAUUACGUACCUAACUACAGAUGAUGAUGGAGGAUUGCUCUUUGUUGGCACCGCUGGCGGAAAGAUACAGGUUUGGGGUCUGAUGGAAUGACGAUGGACCAACAGGAAAAUGAUCAAAUCUCUCCUGCACAACCAACGUAUAAGAUAACUUCAACUCUUAGGUUACUUUUGUGUAAACGUCCAAUUCCUUUGGUAUUCAUCUGGCGAUAUAUAUGGUUCUUUGAUGAGAAUAAAUCAAAAUUUAUGUGCUGUUA